CCGCCUCGGUCCGCGCGUCAGUCUCCUCCCGCGAACCGCCCGACGGGCCGUGCUCACGUGACUGCAGACUUUGGCCGGCCGGGAAGGGGACGGCUGCGCGAGCUAAGAGUUCAGCGGCAUCGCUGCGAGGGAACGGCGCGUCCUCCUUCCCCUCCUCGCUGCUCGCGUCGUGCGGCGUUCGCUCGGGCUCGCUGUCAUGAGCUGCGGUGGCCGCCCCCUCCGGGGUCCCUUGGGCUGGGCGCUGCUCCUGCUGGGUCUCGCUUCUUGCUUCAUCUCGCCCCUGGCAGCGGACGCGGAGAAAGUUGCCUGUGAAAAAUAUACCAACUGUUCUUCCUGUAUCGAAAAUAGUGAGACAUGCAUAUGGCUUCAGUGUAAUGAAAUUAAUCAGUCCCAAUGCAUAAAUAAGACAGAAAAGCACAUCAAUUGCACUGUUGUUUCUCAGAAUGGAACAUGUCAAGCUCCUUCUAAUGGUUCCACAACCAUUACACCUGUCACAGCUGGUGCAAAUACUACAGCAUCCACCAUACCUAGCACAACCCACACUCCUGUCACAGGUAAUGUAACUCUUUCACCUUCACUUGCACCAAGACCUACCUCUGCUAUAGUAACCACUGCCAGUGCUAGCACACCAGGCUCAGUGUCUCCCAAGCCUACAUCCAAACCAUCUCCUCACAAAUCCACGUUUGAUGCUGCCAGUUUCAUUGGUGGUAUUGUCCUUGUGCUGGGUCUGCAAGCAGUAAUCUUCUUUCUGUAUAAAUUUUGCAAAUCCAAAGAACAAAACUAUCAUACGCUCUAAGGAUAUGUUGCUUUUAAGUGGACUUGCCAUGGCUCAAUAUUUGUGGUUAGCUGCACCAAAAGAUCUUUAUUCCUUAAAGAAGACAGCAAUUCAAAAUAAUAUUUUUCACUACUUUUUUUUUGAGAAAAAAUGUUUCUGCACCAUGCUUGGAAGAAGGUUGUGCGAAUCAUGACUUGCUCUGCAAGAAUACUUGUAAUAUCCUGCAUGAAUCCUUUUUGACUGUCUUAAAUUCCUUUAGUAGCUGCUACUGUGGAACUUUUUCCUCUACCUGACAUGCCAAAUGUAGUUGUUAAUAGAUACUGUAUUCAGUGGCAGCAGUGUUCUUAGUAGAUAACCUUAUAGUUGUGAUGGUUAAAUUAGCUAGCCUUAGAUGCAGUACCCCUUAAGGUGUUUUUUUUUUUUAAUUAAAAUGUGAAUUCCUGGUAACUUGGCAUAAAAUACUAUUUGUGGGGGAAAUUAUGGCUUUUUAUUAUGUACUGCUAGGAAAUUGGACAGACCUGUAGAAUAUUAUCUUUUUUCCUUAGGAAUUAUGGAAGCCCAUAUUUUUCUAUACUAGAUUAUUUCAAAAGGAUGAUUGUUUUGUAAUUAAGUGUAAGCAGCCAUAGGAAGAAUUAUGAUCAAAGGAUGCAAGUUCCUUGGUACUAGUGCCUUAAUGAAUAGGCUGCAAACUGAAAUGUUUGUGCCAUCUUAUUCCUUUGAGGUACAGUGAAUGUCAUUCCAUUUGCAGCAGUUCUCCAUACAAACAUGAAUUUGAGCAUUAUUCAUAUGCCAAUCUUUAAUUCCAUUUAAUGAAGUCAUAUGAAAGGAAACUAAUGUAGCCAAUCUUCACGUGCUACUGGUAAAGCCAUGUGUGUCUAGUCUUUACAUUAUUUGCCUUGGAAACUACCAUUACAUGCUUUACAUUUGAGGGCACUUGACACACUCCAUGCUGCUCCGUGAUGAAUGAUAUUUCAAAGCUACUGUAAUUCUGCAUGGAUUUGUGAAUCUCCCAUAUAGCAAGAUAGGUUUUGUCAGUUUCAUAAAAUGUCAGUAGUAUGAUGAUGAAAGGGAACAGACUGAGGUCUUGGAGCUACGUAAGCUUUGGAUUAUGGCCAAGCUAGAUUGCCAUUUUUUUCUGUUUUUCAUGUUGUAUGACAAGCAUAGUUUAAAUAUUAGAAAUGUAACACAUAGGUUUAAGUGCUACUCCUGGGUAAGCACCAACAAAACUCAUGGAAGAAGCGCAGUGUUUGAUAUUAAGCUGAUAAUGGCAAAUCUGGUUUAUGGCUUAUGUUGAAAACUUCUAGUGAUUUCACCUUUUUACCCUUCUAGCUUGAAUAAUAUUCACUUCAAUGAUGUUGCAUAUAAAGUUUGUUCGUAAUAAUAUUUAGCUUAUGGUACUGUAAUGUUAAAGAACUUCCAGGCAACUGCACUCCUAAAAUAUUAUCAGCUCAGGUGUAUGAAAUAGUAAAUUAACCAGCCAGUUUUCAGCAAGCGAAACAUGUCUGAUAUGGGUGGUAUUUAAUGGCCUUAUGAUAAUCAUUUAAUCUAGUUCCCUAUCUGUUGUACUUUAAUAAGUGUAGGCUAAAUAUCUGCAUAUACUCUAAAACAUAAAUUAAUGCACUUCUAAAGAGUGAUGAUUUUAAAAAAUUGCACUGUUAACUCAGUCCCUAAUAAAUGUACACUUAAUAGUGAGACGUAAAAGCUAUUUAGGAUUGCUUCCUUACUUAUUUUUUAAUGGCUGUUAAUGUUUUGUCUUGCAAUAUUGAGAUAGAAGGUUCCAAGCAACAAUAAUACAUCCAAUUUGAAUCACUUUUGUUUCUGAGCUGAAAGUAACUUCUGUUUAAAACAUCCCUAAACAGUCAUAUUCUGUGCUGUUCAAGUGCCUUAAAUUUUCUUAAUGUUGGCCUCAUGUCUGUUGAAAAAUGUGGGGAGGGGGAACAUUUGUCACUAUACUUUUUCCUUAGUGCCAGCAAGUGCUGUUUUCCAAGGACUUUAGGAAAUUCAGGUGUCAUUGCUACUUUUCAGGAUGUCUUUUUUCUAAUUGGUUAGCUUACUAUUGUGCAUUCGGUCAUUUCUGAUGUUUUCAUGGAGUAGCAUAAAGGUUUGACUUUCUAGAUCAAGCUUUAUCUACAGCUUCUGAAAGUCAGGCUAAAACUGUGUGGAGAUUUCCUCUUAUCCACUUUUUUUGUUUGCUUAUUCUUAUGAAAGUUACUUUGUUUUCAAUCUUGUAGUUCUGAUUAGCUGGCUAUUGGCAAAUUAGAUAAGAAAUAGUUUUUCAUCACCUGUCUGCUGUUUGAAGUUUAGUAUAGAGUUAAAAAAAACCUUGCCUGUAUGAAAUAACUGAUCAUAUGACCUCCAAUUAUAAGGCAGUGAAUUGUGAUGUUCACUCUUUCUGGGUUGUUUCUAAAAUUCCCAUGUGCAAGUGUGUUGCAUCUGGAAUGAAAUGUUACAGACAUUACUCUAUUGCAUACAUGUUGUCUUCAUUGGAAGAAAUGCAAACUACUUAUAUCACAAAAUCAAAAUAAUAAAUCAGUUAUUAAAA